CCACUGGUGUGUAAGGUGUAUGGAUGCAAUUCAAUUUCUUCCAUUCAAAACAAAAAUAAAUUCAAUUGAUUGAUACCUUCGAAUUUAAUGCAGCAGCUGGGGAAACCCACCCACCACCACCACCUCCCCCUCCUCCUCAAAAAAAUAUCCUUCUCUCUCCUCCCCCCAAAAAUGAAGAAUAGAAAACCCUUCUUCUCUCUUCCCCCCCUUCAAAAUGUCCACCACCCCUAUCCCCACCCCCAGUGCUUCCUCCACCACCACCACUCCUGUUAUACCCUCCAGUUUGGCACCCAAUUCUUUCAGUCCUUAUACCAUCAACAACAUCAGUGACCAAAACCCAUCUGGCGGCGGUGAUUAUUUCUUGCAAAACUUAAGCAACUUAGGCCUGGGUUAUGCAAUUGCUAUUGCUCUAGGCUUUCUCGUUCUCCUCUCGACGCUGCUAUUAGCUUCUUAUGUAUGUUGCCGUGCCCGUGCACGUAACCGAAACAACAAUCAUCAAUCACACCAUCAUCAUCAGAGUGAUCAUGUGAGUCACAGUAAUAAUGGGAUUAUACUUCCGAGAAUUAUAUUUGUAGCUGAAGAUGAUGAUGAGGAGAAUGGUAUGCGAGCAGAUGAGGAGAAUAUUGUUAUGGGUCUUGAUCAGAUGGUUAUAAAUUCUUAUCCGAAGUUUUGUUAUUGCAAAAAUGAAAAGGAUUUUGGGAAGGAAAAUGAUUCGGUGUGUUCGAUUUGUUUAUGUGAUUAUAAAGAUGGUGAAAUGUUGAGGAUGAUGCCGGAUUGUAGACAUUAUUUUCAUCUUAUGUGUGUUGAUGCCUGGUUAAGGCUUAAUCCGUCAUGUCCUGUUUGUAGAAAUUCUCCAUUGCCAACUCCAUUGUCUACUCCUUUAUCUGAACUUGUUCCUCUUUCUCAUUAUCCUGCUGGGAAUCGAAGAAGGUAGCCUAGCCCCAAUCUUACUUUUAUAUUUUUUUCUUUGGUGAUUUCUAGUACUAGUUUUGGGUUGUUUUUUAUUUUUUUCAUUUUGGUGUCUUGAUUAUGUAUAAAUUUUGUGGUUCACUGAAUUCUUAUGGGGUUUACUUAUUUUGAGUUCUUUAGUAAUGGGGUUCUGUCAAUUUGUUGAAUUGUGCUGAAAUUUAGUAGAUUGUUAGUGAUUGAAUCAUGUACAAUUUUAGUGUUCUUUAGAUUUUUUUUCGUAUUGGGGGCAUCUAAUUGUGCUGAAAUUUACUAGA